UAAACAAUUCAGAUUAUCCAGGACUAUAAAUUCAGAUUACCAUCUUCCAUCUUCAUUCUUAUCAACACUUACUCUCACCCAAUCAUCAAAAUGAAGUCAUCUUUUGCAUUCUCAGUCUUGUCGCUCUUUUCUACGCAGUGUCUCGCUGCCUCAGUUGACAUGUGGUCUUCACCUCUCAAAGAACGAGCCGCACUCAAGUACGAAGCCAUCGAGCCUGAAGUUAUCAAGGCUCGCCUUGGUACUACCCCUGAUGAGAACAGUGAGGGGGAUCGAGAGCCUGGCAUGGUUUACUUCUGCCGUGAGGAGAACUGGGGAGCUCCAUGUUUCGCCUAUCGUCCCGAACUUGAAUAUACAUGCAAUGAGCUAGGCCCAGAGCUUAAGGGACAUGUCGGAUCUGUCUUUAUUGAUCCUGGUAUGAUCUGCCGUCUAGCUGGAUUCAACAAUGAUCGGUGUGCCCCGAUCAAAAUAUUUGCCUGGCCCGAGACUCAGCAUGGCUGGCCUGACCUAUUCCAUCAGAAUGCCCCAGAAGGAGCUAUCAAGCUCGGGGCUGCAACAACGCAUUUCACGUGCGCCAAGUGUACCAACUGCGUUGAGAAUUCUGGAUAAGACAGGCGGAGUAUUGGUGAUUUGAUGUAUAAAAUCGAAGCUUGAGGAAGGAUAUGUCGUUUCGGGCAUAUGAAGCUUGAACAGGGAUAAUCAAAAUCAAUAAGCUCUAGCUAGAGCACUUCUUAAUUCAUGGACUAGUAAUCAUCGUUAUCAGUCUCCUCAUCGAAG